GUUAGGUUCAAAUGUUUUUAGCAACUAUUGUGUGCCUAAAUGCACCAAUGACAAUUCAAGAAAUAAUAAAUAAUUAACUAAAUCAUUAAAGGGUAUUUUGGACAUUUUGUACUUUUAUUUAAGGAAAUUAUUUAAUUGAGAAAUCAUUCAAUUAAGGAAAUAAACUAAUCAUUCAAGUAAGGAAUUAAACUAAAUAUAUUUGACCUAGUUAUGUUUGUGGCUGAACACUUCAUUACCGACAUCAACACCAUCACCAUCAACCUAGUUAUGUCAACGAGGCCAAAGGGAAAAGGUUGUGAAGAAGUCGAGGUCUUCGUCUUCAGUUGAUCGGGGAAGAAACCAAAUUAAAAAUGCAAACCGAGGUGGGGUAUCGGAGUUGGCGAAGCAGCUCCGCCGAGGGAGGGAUAGCCGGCAGGAAGGGCUGCGUCGGUGAUCUCUUUUCUUUUCUGGUUCGAUCGGUAUCCACUCACGAAAGGGGAGAAAGGACUUCGGUCCUAUGUCUUUGUCUGCUCGAGAAGAGAAACUUGGUGGGAAGCAGUCACAAGGGUGGUUCUAUGGUGCUCGUGGAUCGCUGCUUCUUCUUCUCCGGUGAACUGUGCCAACAGGGGAAUUCAUGGGUGUUUGUUUCUUGUGUUCUUGACUGGGAACGAAUGCAUAUGUGUGUUGACGAUUCAACCGGCUUUCCAGAAAAUGCCAUGGUGGGGCUGAUUGUUUUUUAUUCAAUGGUGAGGGUGUAUGAUCUUGGGUUUACUGAGUGUGUACGGGUGGUUGUCUUACAUGGUGAACGCAAUCCUUCUUCUAGCCAGGUUUUGAAGAGGCUAACAUUGAUGUGGAGGAGGAAGAAAACAUAGAGAACGGGAGUGUAUUAUACCAUAAUGUGUUAUGCUACAAUGUAUAAAGUGUUGCUAAAAAAUAAUAUUCUAUUAGAAUAGAUUAGUGUUUUUGUUAGAUUGUGAUGUUUUUUUUUCCUUUUUUCUUUCAGAAUGUUG